AUGAACUGUAUUAGAAGCUUCAACCUCAUUAUGAUGUGGCUCCAUUAAAGAAACACAAGCUGGUGGAGCCCUCCAAGAACCUCCAGGAGAACAUCUGCUCUCGUCAUGAUGAGGUGAUGAAGAUGUUCUGUCGUACUGAUCAGAAGUGUAUCUGUUAUCUCUGCUCUGUGGAUGAACAUAAAGGUCACGACACAGUCUCAGCUGCAGCAGAAAGGACUGAGAGGCAGAGAGAGCUGGAGGUGAGACGAGAAAAAAUCCAGCAGAGAAUCCAGGACAGAGAGAAAGAUGUGAAGCUGCUUCAACAGGAGGUGGAGGCCAUCAAUCACUCUGCUGAUAAAACAGUGGAGGACAGUGAGAAGAUCUUCACUGAGCUGAUCCGUCUCAUCCAGAAAAGAAGCUCUGAUGUGAAGCAGCAGAUCAGAUCCCAGCAGGAAACUGAAGUGAGUCGAGUCAAAGAACUUCAGGAGAAGCUGGAGCAGGAGAUCACUGAGCUGAAGAGGAAAGAUGCUGAGCUGAAGCAGCUCUCAAACACAGAGGAUCACAACCAGUUUCUCCACAACUACCCCUCACUGUCAGCACUCAGUGAGUCUACACACUCAUCCAGCAUCAAUAUCCGUCCUCUGAGAUACUUUGAGGAUGUGACAGCAGCUGUGUCAGAGCUCAGAGAUAAACUACAGGACAUCCUGAGAGACACAUGGACAAACAUCUCACUGACCCUCACUGAGGUGGAGGUUUUACAGUCAGAACCAGAACCAAAGAGCAGAGCUGGAUUCUUAAAAUAUUCAUGUGAAAUCACACUGGAUCCAAACACAGCAAACAGACGACUGUUACUAUCAGAGGAGAACAGGAAGGUGACAAUGAUGGAUCAACAUCAGUCUUAUUCUAGUCAUCCAGACAGAUUCACUGAUUGUUCUCAGGUUCUGAGUAGAGAGAGUCUGACUGGACGUUGUUACUGGGAGGUGGAGAGGAGAUGGAGAGUUUCUGUAGCAGUCGCAUAUAAGAACAUCAGCAGAGUAGGAAGUGAGAAUGAAUGUGAAUUUGGAUGUAAUGACAAAUCAUGGGCAUUAAAUUGUUCCCAAAACGGUUCUAGGUUUGGUCACAACAAGAUCUGGACCUCCAUCUCAGGUCCUGGUUCCUCCAGAGUAGGAGUGUACCUGGAUCACAGAGCAGGUCUUCUGUCCUUCUACAGCGUCUCUGAAACCAUGACUCUCCUCCACAGAGUCCAGACUACAUUCACUCAGCCGCUAUAUGCUGGACUUUGGGUUUGUCUGGCAUCUUCUGCAGAGUUCUGUAAACCCAAAUAGACAGAAUUUACUGAAGGUUCAGUGAGUUUGAUUCUGAUUUAAUUCUCCAACAGAUUUUUUCUUGAUCAUUGUUGUUUUAUGUCUAAACUUAACAGGAAUCAAUAGUCAGAGAUUGUCAUUGUUGUUCUGUUGAAUUUGUUCAUUUCUAAACAUUGUUCUCUAAAACAGCUGAUCAGAACCAGAAUAUUUGCUGUUUUUCCCUCCUUGUUGCUUUUAGCAGCAAAGACUGUGAACUCAGUAAUAAAAUGACAAAUGAUUCCCAGGUUGAAGAAGUGAAACCAGUUCUUUGAUCACCUUCUUGUUUGAACACAUUUUGUUGAGUCCUGACUCACAGGAGACAACAGAUAUUGUCUCAUUGUGGACUUGAGCUGAUUUCAUGUCUUGUUGAUUUUUAGGAGGAGAAACUUCACAAUAAAGCUGUCAUGUUGCUUCACUGUUGGUGGUUGUAAAGUUUGAAUUUAGGUGUGUUUCAAAUGUCUUGGAAAUAAAAACAAAUAAAAAGAUAACAGAAAAGAAAAGGAGAAGCCAUGUUUAACAAUGCAUUCAAGGCAACCAUGGAAGAAAAAUGUUAAAUGUGUAUGACAGAAUCAAAUUCAAAUGUCAUAUUAAACCAUUUGCAUGA